GAAUGAUGUUUGAAUCCAUAUCUAAAUAUAAUGAUUGUAUUUGAGGGUUGGGGUUGUCCUCCCAUUCUCUUCUACUGGGACUUUGGGUUCCUUCCUUUUGAAAAUUUAUUGUUCUGGUUCUUUGCUGCAUUGCCUAUCUUUUCUCUGAGACUUAACUCUGAACACCAUAGUUUCCUUCCUGAAUCUAUAAUUUCUGAUCUUUUUUUAUCCCUUGGUACCACUGGGAGAUUUAAAAUUUUUAAAUCUUUCAAAACUGAUGGAAUUUCUUCUAGCCAUAUUCAUUUACCAAAAAAUCUCGUUGCCUUGGUUGCCCCUUGUCAUUUUGUUCUGUUCUAUGGUCACCAUCGACUCCCAGUCUCCUACUUCUCGUAAUCUACGUGAUCAGCAUGCACUGCUCUCCUUCAAGUCCUGGAUCUCUAAUGAUCCAUCUAGAGCAUUAGCCUCAUGGAAUGAUUCUGUUGAAUUCUGCCAAUGGUAUGGUGUGACAUGCGGCCGCUGGCACAUUGACAGAGUCACAGCUUUGAACCUGGACUCACUAAACUUAGUUGGUAUCAUCUCACCAUUCUUAGGAAAUCUUACAUUCCUGAGGAGAUUGAACCUCUCAAAUAACAAACUUGAAGGCCAAAUGCCACAUGAGCUCGGCCGUCUAUACAGGAUACAGCAUCUUGACCUGAGCCUUAACUCUCUUGAAGGUAAGAUUCCCACAACUCUUUCUCAUUGCUCCAAGCUCCAAACUUUAUCCUUGAGAAACAACAAACUCGAAGGGGGGAUUCCAAGAAAUCUUAGUUCUUGUCCAGACCUUCAAGCAAUCGAGUUACGGUCCAACAUGCUUGUAGGACAUAUCCCAAGUGAGCUUGGACUUCUUAGAAAGCUCAAUAUAUUAAGUGUCAUGCGCAACAAUUUUACUGGAGGCAUCCCAUUUUCUCUGGGCAAUAUUUCUUCCCUUACUUUUCUUUCACUGUCAUCUAACAGUCUAUCGGGAGGGAUACCGUCUUCAUUAGGACAACUCUCAUCUCUUUCUACUUUUACCAUAGCCCACAAUCAGUUAUCUGGAAUGAUUCCUUUCUCUAUUUACAAUCUCUCAGGCAUGUAUUAUUUUGGUAUAGCAGAUAAUCAGUUUGUCGGUACCCUGCCUCCGGAUAUGGGUGGUAAACUUCCUAAACUUCAAUAUCUAUACAUGUAUGGUAAUCAGUUUGGUGGAACCAUUCCUGCUUCAUUGUCUAAUGCUACUGAACUGAAUACCGUUGAUUUAUCUGACAACAACCUCCAUGGCCCUAUUCAUGAGAAUCUUGGGUUUUUACCCAGUCUAACUUGGUUUUCACUUUUUACAAAUCAGCUUGAAGCCAAUGGGUGGUAUUUUCUCACUGCAUUGACCAAUUGCAGCCGGUUAAGGGUGCUGCAAUUGCAUGACAAUAAGCUUGGAGGCAGACUACCAAACACAUUAGCCAAUCUCUCAGCACACAUGGAAUGGUUGACAUUGGCAUGGAAUGGUAUCUCUGGAACUUUACCUGCACAGAUAGGGAACCUGGUGAAUUUGACAGCAAUUUAUAUUGGUAAUAACCUUCUUACUGGUGCCAUUCCUAAUUCUGUUGGAAAGUUGCAGAGGUUGGGAGUCUUAUCAUUGUCGACAAACCAGUUUUCAGGAGAAAUUCCAUCAUCCAUUGGCAAUCUCACUCUGUUGAGCAGAAUUUAUCUAGCAGGAACUGAUUUGUCUGGAGACAUACCCAGUAAUUUGGGAAACUGUCGCAGUUUAGAACUGCUAGACCUUUCAAAUAAUAAACUUUCAGGUUACAUACCGAAGGAACUUGUUUCUAUCUCUUCUUUGUCUCGAUACCUUUACUUGUCACACAACUCAUUGACUGGACACAUACCUCUGGAAGUAGGCAGAUUGAAAAAUCUCAAGGAACUCGAUCUUUCAGAUAAUGAUCUAUCUGGAGAAAUUCCUAGUUCCCUGGGUGAUUGCCAAGUUUUAGAGAUUCUUCGUGUCAGUGCAAACUCCUUGCAAGGAGCUAUUCCUGAUUCUCUGGGAAAUCUGAAAGGCCUUCAAGAGUUAGAUGUUUCACAGAACAACUUGUCCAGCAACAUCCCUGAUUUCUUUGGUACGUUUCAUUUCUUACGAAGCCUUAAUUUAUCUUUUAAUCAAUUUGUGGGUAAAUUGCCAGAUAAAGGGGUCUUUCUGAAUGUCAGUGCUGUUUCAAUUGUUGGGAAUUAUAAGCUGUGUGGGGGAAGUCUUGGAUAUGACUUGCCACCAUGCGCCAUUUCAAGCUCACAAGGAAAACACAAGUCUCAUUCAACUGUAAUCAUUGUCUCAUCAAUUGGUGCAGUUCUAUGUUUUAUUCUAUUUAUUGCUGUUAUUACUUGGUAUCUUUGGAAAAAGAGAUCAACAAAGCAAUCUCCAUCUGCUGCUUCCGUGGAUCGUUAUAAGAUGGUAUCUUAUGCACAGUUGUUCAAGGCCACCGGGGGUUUCUCUGAGGCCAACCUGCUCGGGGUUGGAAGUUUUGGUUCUGUAUAUAAAGGAGUUCUGGAUGAAAGUGACAAAACUAUAGCAGUCAAGGUACUAAACCUUCAAAGGCGUGGAGCUUUGAAAAGUUUUAUGGCUGAAUGUGAAGUCUUGAAAAAUAUAAGACAUCGAAAUCUCAUGAAAAUUCUGAAUACAUGUUCAAGUCUGGAUUUCAGUGGCAAUGAGUUUAGAUCUUUAAUCUUUGAAUACAUGCCUAAUGGAAGUUUGGAGAAGUGGUUGCAUCCUCUAGAUGAUGAAAAUCCAAGAUUGAUGAACCUUGACCUUGGACAGAGGUUAAACAUUGCUAUUGAUGUGGCUUCUGCCUUGGAUUACCUUCAUCAUCAAUAUCAUUCAACAGUAGUUCAUUGUGAUCUGAAGCCAAACAACAUUUUACUGGAUAAUGAUAUGAAGGCCCUUGUAAGUGACUUUGGUUUAGCAAGAUUCUUAUCAAAGCGCACAACUCAAGCAUCCAAGAAUUCAAAUAGCUCAAUUGAGAUAAAAGGAACAAUUGGUUAUGUUGCUCCAGAGUAUGGCAUGGGAGCCCGAGCAUCCACUUGGGGGGAUGUAUACAGCUACGGAAUUCUUCUUCUAGAGAUGCUUACUGGAAAGAGACCUACAGAUGAGUUUCCAGAGAACCUAAGCCUCCGUGAAUUUGUCAAGUUGGCUUUUCCUAAUCAAAUCUUGAACAUCAUUGCUCCAUGCCUUUUGUCAUUUGUGGAUGAUGGCAUGGGUCAAGAAGAUGCAAGAGAGAAAAUCUAUGAAUGCCUAGUUUCAUUGGUUGGAAUUGGUCUGUCAUGUUCACAAGAAUCACCAAGGGACCGGAUGGAGAUGAGAAACGUAUGCAGGGAAUUGCUUGAUAUCAAGGAUCUAUUUAUAAGAUUACGAAUACCAAGCUGCAGAGACAGGAAGGAUAAGCGAAAUUCAGAAAUCUGAAUCAGGUCAAGGUUAAUUUAUUCAAGUAAUUUCAAGCCUUCAAUGGAUGCAUACAUGCAUGAUUUUUAUUGUCUUUCUCAAAUAACUUGUUCUACUAUUAGUUUCAAGUCAUAUAGUGACGAUAUCAACUGCAGCAUAUUGUUCAAAUUAAGUUUUCAAAUCAUAAUUUCUUUUGAUCUCACAAUUUUUGAAGAUUUUGAAACUUUAGACGCUGAAAAAGUGAUAAAGAUACUCUUUUUCAGAGUUUUGAUCACUAUGUGUGAAUCAGUUUCCCCUUUGUUUGUUGAACAUGCAUGUGGAUGUAGUCUUUAAGGGAUGAAUUCAUACACACUGGAGCUUUGCAGCUUUGAACUCAUCCCCUUUCAGAUAUUGAGACAUGAGCCUUUAGUUACAAAUUAGACAAAUAUGCAUAACACUUGGAAUCUGAUCGAAGUAUAUAGAUUUUUCUGUUACUAAAGAUAGAAUAUUACUGUAAUAAUAAUAUCAUCCAAUAUACAAAAGAUUUGAAAUCAUAAUAUAUUACUAAAUAUACAAAACACUAUAAAUGAUAAUCUACUAAACAUUUUUU